AUGACAGUAGCUUUACUCACUGGAGGUUCCUCCAAUCUAAGUAUUUCCUUAGCCAAACGUCUCAUCGACAAGUCCACCACCAAUCUCACCAUCAUCCUUACCUCCAGAACCUUACCCAAGGCCCUCGAUACCAUCAGCGAGCUCCAUGGCUACGCCCAAGCGUCGUCCAAGUUCUCCGUCGAAUUCGACUAUAUCUUGGUCGAUUUCUGUGAUAUGGUGUCGGUGUUAAGUGCCUACUACGAUAUCAACAAGAAGUACCACCACCUCGACUUCCUAUUCAUCAACUCCGCCCAAACAGCGUACUUGGGGGUGGAUUUCUGGUUCGCCAUUAAGGACAUCAUCAGAGAUCCCAUCUUCGCCGUCACUGAGGGCCAGAUGAAAAUCCAGAAGGCUGGGUUGAAGUCGGGCGACGGCAUGGGGUUGUUGUUCCAAGGGAAUGUGUUUGGUCCGUACUAUUUGAUCCACAAAUUGAAACCUUUGUUACACAAAAGUAAAAUUAUUUGGGUAUCUUCACCUGCCAGUGGGGCCCAGUAUUUAUCGUUCAACGACCUAGAGCUCGUGCAGAACACCAGUCCAUACGAGGGGUCCAAACGUCUUAUUGAUCUUCUUCAUAUGGGGAGUUACCGAAAGUUGGCCAGUGAAGGCAUCCACCAGUACGUGGUAAACCCAGGGGUGUUCACCAGUUUUGUGUUCAACCAGUAUUUGAACGUGUUCACGUUCUACGGGAUGUUGGCGUUGUUCUACAUGGCGAGGUUCUUGGGGUCGAAGGUUCACAAUAUCUCCGGCCAUAAUGCUGCCAACCUGUUGAUGAAGUGUGCUUGGGGGGAUGAGCCUCAGGAUAAGAAGGUAGCUUCGUGUAGUGACGUGUGGGGGAAGGAAUAUGUUGGGUACGAUGAGAUCGAUGGUACGGGGGCGGAGGAUGUGGUGGCGUACUUGGAUAAGUUAGUGAGAGUGUGGGACGAGAAGUUAGAGGGACAGAUUGUGGGGACUAGGAAGCCCUGA